CGGGAUGUCGGUGGGGGUGUCGCUGCUGGCGGUGGCCGCGCUGCUCUGCGCCGCCCCGCCGCCGGGUCCCUGCGGUGGAGGGGGGGCGGCGGCCGCCCUGACGGUGUGGACGGCCUGGCUGAACGUGUCGUGGGAGGACAGCACGGACCGCAACCGGAGCGGCUGGGAGGCGAGCGAGAGCGGGCUGUACGGGCUGGAUUCGCCGGUGCGGGGGGCCGCGGGGCUGCUGGUGCUGCCCGACGGCCGCGACUCCUUCAACGCCUGCAGCGCCCGCACCAACUUCAGCGGGGCCCCCCCGGCCGGUGGUAGCGGCGGCGGCGGCGAUGGGGGGUCCUCGGAGUGGCUCGCCCUCAUCCAGCGCGGCGGCGGCUGCACCUUCGCCGACAAGAUCCGUCUGGCAAGGUUGCGGGGCGCCUCCGCCGUCGUCAUCUACAACUACCGAGACACCGGCAACGACGUGCUGCCCAUGUCCCACCCGGGUGCUGAAGAUAUCGUUGCAAUUAUGAUUGGCAACCUGAAAGGCAUGGAGAUCUUACACCGGAUUGAGAGUGGCAUGAAAGUGACUAUGGUCAUUGAAGUGGGGAAAAAGCAUGGUGCUUGGAUGAAUCAGUACUCCGUCUUCUUCAUCUCAGUGUCAUUUUUCAUUGUCACAGCAGCAACCAUGGGCUACUUUAUUUUUUAUUCUGCUCGGCGACUCAGGAUUGCAAGGGCCCAGUCCAGGAAUCAGCAACAACUGAAGGCCAAGGCUAAGAAGGCCAUUGAGCAGUUACAGCUGCGCACCCUGAAGCAAGGGGACAAGGAAACCGGUCCUGAUGGAGACAGCUGUGUUGUGUGCAUUGAGCUGUACAAGCCCAACGAAGUAGUGCGUAUUCUGAUUUGCAACCAUCUCUUUCACAAGAGCUGUAUUGACCCCUGGCUUCUGGAACACAGGACAUGCCCGAUGUGCAAAUGUGACAUACUCAAAGCUUUGGGUGUUGAGGAGGAUGUAGAAGGUGGCACUGAGUCUGUGCAAGCCACAGUAUCCAGUAGGACAUCAAAUAUCUCUACAGUUAAUGAAGAGGAUAAUCACAGUGAAACAGCAUCAUCUGGAUAUGCUUCUGUACAAGGAGCAGAGGAAUCUGUGCUGGAGGAAUAUGCACCAUCAGAAAAUGACAACAUGCAUCUUGUAAACAGCGAAUCCCAGCCCUCCAAUGUGAAUGUCCUUCCCCACAUGGACAACCCAAGUUUUGAGGCAGAUGAAACACAAGUUCGUGAAGUCAAGUCUUAAGAAUGUGCCAGCAACAUAGUGUAAGCCUUCUGCAAGGAGCCUGCUGCUGGCAGGUGUACACCAAACAUUGCAAGACUGAAGCAGAAGAAUAUUGCCUUGGCAAUGCUGAGAUCAAAUGGACUUGUUCAAAUCAUAUUUGUAUGGUUUGAAAUUCUUAAAACUGCAUCUCCCACGUGGAAUUUAGUUUUAGCACUCUUCAGAUAAAGCUAUCUUAAAAAUAAAGAAAAACAUCAGAUUUUAACACUAAAACAAAAGUUCCAUCUUCAGCAAAGUUUCUCUUCAGUGUUUGAGUCAUUUAAAAAUAAGGAGGAGAUUCCUUGUUGUAGCUGUCUCUACUGGGAAUUGUUUUGACUUGGGUUUUUUGUUGUUCAUUGUUUUAAUUCAAGUGGAUUUUCAUUGUAAACAAAUUUAUUUUGAUCUGGUCUAAUACUCAUCUACCAGACACAGCUUAGUUUAAAGCAACACCGUAUUUAAUAUUUCUGUGCACUAAUUUGCUCCUGCUGAGACUUGUAUUGUUUUCCCUUUCCAGGAACAGUACUGGGAAUUAUACCAGCACACUUUCCCUGGAGAUAAGGUUAAGCAUCAGAGGAUUGCUUAUUCUUUUGCAGGUGCACUAAUUUGGUAGGAGAGGGUACAAACUAAUGCCUGUCAAACUGGAUUUUGCCUACAGUGUCUUGGUUUUCUAGUAAACCGAUUGAUACUCUACCUCUCAACUCCAACCUGCCAACCACACAUUCCUAAAGGGAAAAAGAGAGCUUCAGGAUGACAGGCCAAAUCUGACUUGCACAAUACUGUAAAGGGAACAAUUGUAGGAACUUCUCAAACCUGUUAAUAUUAGAUAGCCUGAAAGAUCCUCCAUGAUCUUUGGAGUUAUAACUGUCUCUAGCACCAGCAAUAUGCCAGAGUCUUGGCUUUGUGAGUCUGGGAUAACUUCAGGAAGACUGAACUAAGGGUGAAAAAAAUAGAUUCUUCCCAAAGGAUCUGCUGUGUUUUAAUCAGAGAAUGAUCCAGCCCCUGAGAAAUGCUGGACUGUUGCUGUGCACUGUCUUGCCUGUGUGCUAAAGCUGCAGGGAGAGCUGGCGUCCUGUAACUGUAACAGAGGAUGGGUAAAGUUGUCUGUCAUCGGUGGGGAGUUGAACUGGGGUGGAGGAGGAACACGGAGUGCCUCGAUACUGAGUGUAGGGCCUUGCCCAGUGAAGGUAUUAAGGACAUCUUACAGAUGCACUUUAUUUUUUCUUUUAAUCUCUGUAUCUAUGGCUUGUUUCUAAUGUUAGCAAAACUUUGUCUUAAAGCCCACAGUAAAGUACUAUUGAAUCUGGAGGGAAAAGCAAUGCAUUUUCUUAUCUGUAGUAUAAUUAAAAUUGUUGUAAAUAUUUCAUGAUUUGUAUUGAAUUUGAAUAUGAAAUUGUAAAUAAAACUAUAUUUUGAUGACCCUGA